AUGACCCUUUUUAAUCCGACCUCGAUCCUCGUGGGCUUCCUACUGCUCUACCUCUCGUCCUUCUUCGUCUUUGCGAUCGUUCGAAUUGCGACCGGAAUUUCCAUCCAGCGCAUCGGCUACUUCUCACUCCGCCGUAUCGCAUACGCUCCGAGAGAGGGACUACAGAUCGAAAUCCGGGGGCUUGGCUUCUCGUUACACCCGCCAUCCUUUGCGCAGCCAACAUGGAUCAGCAUUCGACUUACGGACCUGAAAAUCACGCUGGAUACGGCCACCUUGUCCAAAGGGAAGCCGGAUCCAUCGCGGGACCUGCUGAGAUCGCCGGUGCCAGGAAGUCCAAAGAAUCCGACGAGUCCGAAGAGUCCAGGGAGCCCCUCCGAAGAAACCGCUACCCCCGAAUCCUCCACCCCGCGCAGCAAAACAUGGAGGUCGUUGACUCGCAUGAAGGAGCGCCUGAAGAGGUUGCAUCGGCAAAUCAACUGGUUAGCCCUCGUCGACCUUACGGCAGUCAAUACUACGGUUCAUUUCCUGGAAGCUGGGCAAAUACAAGUCGGAUCGCUCGCGUUGUCGGUGGAUACUCGAAGUAAAAUGGUGGAAAGGGGCAAGCUGUUUCGUCGCAAGAAGGACAUGUCACGCGAACAACGCCCGGCUGAAUGGAUUAUGAAUGUUCAGAAUGUUCUCCUCGCCGUGGAGGGCCGAGAGCCGACCGAAAUCCUGGAUAACGUUGGCGUGAACCUCCACGGCUUGCUCUACAAAGAUCUGGACGGCCUUCGGGAUGCAUCGAUUGCACUCAAGAUUGGGAGACUGCAUAUUCCGUAUGACGACCUCAACAUAAUAGUACGCCGUAUCAAGUCGGCCCAGAAAACCUUCAAGUCACCCGCGCCGAUCGAGACUGAUGACGAGAUGUCCUUUGCGGACUUUGUGGAGGAGCUGGACAAGCCCGGCAGUCGAGAUGAUUCGAUAGUCCGAACGGUUGCCGACUCGAAGGAAUUUGCUAGCUCGAUUCUGCGUGGUAUUCAAGAGAUUCAGGUUGCACUGAGCUUCUUCCGGCUGUCGCGUGGUCUUCAAUCCCUAUCUGCUGGCCAGAGCCCUGUGUACCUGAACGUGGUAUCGCAUGAAAUCGGAAUUGAUCUUCACCGGAUGGACCAGAAGAGUCCGGAGCAUCGCAUGUACUUCCAGCGGAACGACGUUGCUCACCAAGCACUUCUCGCAGCCAUUUCUCUAUCGGUCAGUUUGGAUGACGACUCGGGCGAAACGGACAACAUUCUCUACAUCCCUAUGGCCACCACGACGAUCAAGACAACUCUGCCGUCGAAGACUGUUACCGCUUUUGAAGACGCGAACCCCGAGGAGCGCAAUUCUAAUGUGCUCUUCGCCAACUUGGUCAUCACAUCACCAUCUCUUGAUUUGCAACCCAAACACGUUUCUCGGCUUUUGAAGUUGGCGCAAACGCGAGCUUCCACUCCCAGAGUCAGAAAGCGCAACAAUUCCUCUCUAAUUUCCCGAUUGCUCCCAAAGGCGAGCAUCAAAUUAUCCGUGCACGAGCCCGUGAUCCGAUUCGUUUUGCCCAUCGAGAAAGACUCUGGCUCUCCUGAUGACUACAAUCUUCUAAUCUCAUCCAUAUCCUCAAUUUCCCUCGAUGUCGAAUCAUCCCACUCUUCCGAGGGCGGCGCACAUUAUUCUCUCUCAUCUAUUUACCGGGUUGCGUCGCAUAAAUUCUACUACCAAACCCCUGCCGGUGACAAACAUAACUUGCUUACGACGGAGAGUCUGGAACUCAAGUGUCAUUUGAAUGCGAGUCCGGAAGUGUGUGUCAUUGCUUCGGGCACACUAAACGACUGCUCUGUUCACAUGAUCAACAGCGAUGUCAAUCGUGGAAUCCGCGAAGUCCUUGAACAGUUCCGGACGCACUUGAAGCCGCAGAAGAGGGUUCCCAUGCCGUUCAAUGAGCGAAAAUCAAGCUUGCUGAGAAAGCUCCCGCCAUGGCUUCUCCAAUUCACAUUUGAAGCUACGGGUUUCAGCCUGGAGAUUGCUGGUGUCGACACUCCUGUCUCUGAUAUCUCCCGUGGUGUCUCGUUGCAAUUGCAAUCCUGGACGGCAGAGUACAAAGCCCAAAAAACAGAAAACACCGUCGGUAGUAUUGCCCGACGCCGUACUUCUAGUCACUCCAUAAUUGGUGAUGAAUCGCCAUUCAGGUUCACGCCCACUUCGCCACCAAGGAAGACGCAUCGCGGUGCUACUGAUGGUAGACGAUUGGCUUUCCACGCUCGUGGUUUCGAUGGUUUCGUCAUUGAAUCGGAUGAUUAUCUUGAGCCAGAACCGUUCUUCUCCAUGCCUCGUUUCGAAAUCGCAUUCAGCACUCACAGUGAUCGAAUGGGGCCUGUCCUCCAUGUCAACUCGACGUUCAAGGGCAUUUAUCUCCAAUAUUCGCUUUAUCGCUUCUAUUGUCUCGGCGUCGCGAUUUCUGUGAUCCAGAAUGUGCUCACGCCUCUUCCAGGAAAAGAGACGGAAGCACGCUCAGGCAAGACGAAGAGUGCCGGCAGCAUUUCUUUACCACCUCCUCCAACAUCUCCAUCAGCUCCCAAGAAUGAGCUCAUCACCUUUGAUGUUAAAGCGACCGUCGUCCAACUGAAGAUGAGUCUGCCAAACGAUCCUUCGAUGAUGUUCCAGAUCUAUGGGCUUGCAGGUACCUCACAACGUCUUUCUACCCCUCACAUCAAGGCCAAUCUUGUCCGCGUACACGCCGAGGCACCCAAGCUCAAGGGAGUCUGGGCAAGAAUUGGUAGCAUGAAUAAUGUCAGGCUUGACUUCCGCAAGAUGAAAAUGAAGCAGGGCAUGGGCUUCGCCGAGGAGAGGUCUAUUGACUUGUGGGCUGACUUUAUUCGACUGGGCGUUCCUCAUCAUAUGGUGAUGCACCGCAUUUUUGACAACCUGAUCAACACCUCCAAAGCUUUCAAACAACUCCACCAUCGAUUCAAGAACCGGUGCAAAGAAUUUGUUUCUGUUCGCGAGCCCGAGGGUCCGAAGAAGGUGCCAAGGAUAUCACUUCGCAGCAAAGCCCUUUUGUUCGAGCUCGAGGAUGACGCUUUUGAAUGGAAGCUGGGUCUCAUCUACCGAACUGGUCUGAUCGAGCAGAGUCAGCGAUUGGCUCGUGAAGAUGCGUUCUUCCUGAAGGCUCAAAAGAUUCGAGAAUCAGACCAGCGACGGGCCUCGUCCAGGUUACGAGCCAAGUCAAGCUACCGUACGCUGCGCAGUGAACGGACCAGUCAGGAUACCAGGAGAAGUCACAGCGCAGAUGCCCGACCAAGGAAAGACGAAUCAAGCCGUGGUCGGGGUCGUAAGUUCCGUUACGACACCGAGGGUGCGACCUGCCUGUCAUCAGAGUACAAGAUUUCCACCGACGCUGCUUGGAACCGACUUCAACAGCAUAAUGCUCAGGUCUGGAAAGAGAAGAUCGACGCCGCGCUCAAGUUCCAAGGCACUUCUAUCAAGGAAGUCCGGAAUCUGUUCUCUGGUGCGGACGAACCGCCAGAUGAUGUAAAGGAGACCGAGACCAUUCUGGCUAUUCCAAACAGGCCAGGCCUGAUGUCAGCACUGAUCAGCGAUGUUAAUCUUGUCAUCGACAAGCCAACCUUCCCGAUUGACGAAUUCCCCACAUUCCUUAACCGAAUCGGUAAGGGAAUGCCGCUGUCGAUGAAGUAUGGCUUGCUGGUACCCAUGAGCUUUAAUCUAGAGAUGGGUGAAGCGCGCGUUAACUUACGUGAUUAUCCUCUUGACCUCCUUCAUAUUCCGGCCUUACGACCUGGACAGUCUCCCAGGCUGCCUAGCUGGUCUUUGAGGACGAACUUUGUCAUCGCUGAAGAGUUCCGCGAUCAUCAGUCUGCCAGACAAGUUGAAGUGGAACUUGUUCCAGCUACUGAUCUUUCUGAUGGCUCUCAUAGUGAUCCAUUCCACAUCAAGGUGUGGCGGUCUGUAACGCCCGUGAAGACUUACUCUGAGCCCGUUAUCGAGAUCAACACUAGCAUGCCGACAAGCAUCUCCUGGGGAGUCUCAUAUCAGCCUGUUAUCCAAGAUAUGAUGAAGAUCAUUGAAGGUUUCACCAAGCCCGAAAUUGAUCUUUCGGAGAGAGUUGGAUUCUGGGACAAGAUUCGACUCAGCUUCCACUCUCGGAUCAAGGUGCUCUGGAAGGAAGACGGCGAUGUCCAUUUGCGCCUCAAGGGCUCUCGCGAUCCUUAUGUCGUGACCGGAUUCGGAAGCGGUUUCGUCAUGUGCUGGCGACGAGAUGUCAAGUGGGAGAUCAAUUGCAGUGAUGAUCCGAUGGAGUUUAUGAGCGUGACAAGUGGCGAAUAUGUCCUUGCCAUUCCUGAUUACAGUGCGGAGGCUCGGUGGGCGAACGAAUCGACCACGGAAGAUAUGGAUAGCAGCUCAGCAUCCAGCGAGCAGAAGAAUGCAGCUCAUUUCAAGAAGGUCGUCAUGAAACUGUCGGGCGAUGUGAAGUGGGCCACUGGAUUGGUCUUUGAGCGCGAUGUGGAUUCAGAUUCACGAUCCUUCUCAUUCAGGCCUCAUUAUGAUGUUGUUCUCAAGAAUCCCAAGUUUGUUGACCCUGCAGAGCGCGCGGACUAUGAUGCCUUCCGUGGCUUCCGCAGUGACCAUAUCCACCUGUCUGUCUCGGUCAUUGCACCCCACAGCAGGAACUGGUCUGUUGAUGAUGUGCAACCAUCUUCAAGUUACAACACAACCCACUUGACCCCUCGCUUCUUCACCCAUUUCUUCAACUGGUGGUCUCUCUUCUCCGGUGUGAUGUCUCUCCCCGUUCGCCAAGGCCCACUGUUCCCAGGAAUCACCAAGACGAGCAAGAAAUUCAACCGGCAUUUGGCAACAGUCAAGUACAAGAUUCUUCUUGCACCGUUGUUUGUGGCGCAUAUCUACAAACAUAAGGAUCGUGAAGACUAUGCUGAAAAUGUUGUGACUGCAACGGGCCUCAAGGUCCGCCUUGAUUCCUUGAAGCUGGAUAUCCAUCAGCGACGCGAGCAGAUAAAGACCCAGGCCAGAGGUCGCUCCAAGCAGACCAAGACAAGUGCAAUGCGCAUUAACCAAGCCCUGAUCGACUUGCAAUCCGCUGAUUUCCGAGCUGUUUCUGCUAGUAUCGAAGGCACGACCGCUGAAGAUCUUGAGCAAAAUAGAGAUGAUAUCAUUUCAUCCUUCCAGCAGCCAGUGCCUUCUGUUGAUCUAUCGAAGUUCACCAUUCCCGACCACAACCUUGAUUGGAUUGAUAUGGACGACUUUGUCGAGCCUGACUGGAUUCUUCCCCAGGAGUCAAACCCGCGAACACAAAUCUUGCCGCUUGCAUUCACUCCACGAUUCACCUACUUCCGGCAGACAGACCAUGAGGACCUUGGACCCGAGGAGACUGGUUACAGUACUUUCGGACACGAGCCGACUCAUGACUGUGUCAUGUCUGAGACCAAUGAUCCUCGCCGUGUGCAAAUCGAAUUGACGAAGGAUCGCCUUGCAACUGUCGAAGCCCAGAUUCGCAACUACGAGCGUACUAUUGGUGAACAGGAGCUCAAAUUGAUGAAGGAUGUGGACAAUGAUCCAAGCCUGAAGGCUCAACAUGAGGUUUACCUCCGCCACGCCGAGUCCCUUGCUAGGCGCCGAAGGUUCUUGACCUCCACCCUGGACCGGCUUGAAAGACACUUGGCGCGCGAUGAACGAACUCCAAAUCGAAGCAAGUCAGGUCUUAGUGCGGCUGCCAGCGAAACCUCAUCCAGGGCCGGUCUAGACGGGGAUUCGACUACUGACGGCCGGGCAUCCGGUCUUGAUGGGCUUUACACCUCGGCUGCAGAUGACUUCUCCAGCGACUUCAACAACCGUUUCAUGAUUCACAAUGUGCAGUUGAAGUGGAAUAACUCACUCCGCAAUAUCAUUCUGCGCUACAGUCACCAAGUGAGUCAGCGACGGGGCUUCGUUUACUACAUGUCUCGACGUGCAGUCAAGUUCAUCCUAGACAUUGUCGAUGAGCAGAACAAGAACAAACGGAAGCAGCCCAAGACGUCCAAGUCGCACACCCUCAGUGAUAAUGAUGAGGAGGAUGUGGAAGAUAGGAUUGAGCAGCUCCUGAAUGACGCGAAGCGAUAUGUCAACGUUGAAGAGACCGAACCAUCCGAGUCACAGAACCAGUCGCCUUCAGCCUCCGAUGACUCUAGCGAAAAUAUCGCGCCGGAGUUUACCCCACAGAACAGCUACUACUUGCGACUGAUCGCUCCUCAGAUUCAAUUCAUGAGCGAGAAGAACCGCAAGUCCGUUUUGAUGGUAGCUGCAAAGGGCAUGGAACUCAAGGUUGUGUCAAUCAUGGACAAAGAACGUGUUUCCGACGAUGUCAGCGGCUUGGUCCAGCGUCGCUUCUCUCUCGAGAUGGACGGUGCCCAGUUCUUUGUCGCAACGCAAAAGAACCUCAUGGCAAACCUGCAGUUCUAUGCCGGCAACAAGUAUGGCAAUGCUCCAGGGUCCGCAUGGCCGCCUUGGUUGACUCUGGAAGCGAUGUUCGACUUUGAACUCAAUCCAUUUGGAUUCUCUCGCAUUGUGCAAAAGACCUCCGCCAGCCUUCGCUAUGACAAGUACAACAACCUUCGGUUGAAGUAUAACGAGGAGGUGGCCAAGGGUCACCCGGGUCCGCAUCCUGGAGGAGACGAGACUAGGAUGGAUCAGAUCAGUGUUGACUUCCCACACUUCCGUGCGAUCUGCGACUCUGCAGAGUACUAUUCAUUGUACAUCAUUGUAUUGGAUCUCUUGCUUUACAGCGAGCCACUUGAGAAAGUUCGCAACGAGCGUUUGGAGAAGAUUAUGCUUACAUCCGACUUCAGCGACCUCCGUGGUGCUCCAGAGGCAGUCUUCAAAUUGCAGUCCCGCAUCCGACAAUUGGAGGAAAUCAAAGAAUACUUCCAGAUCAAUGCCAAAUAUCUAGACAAGCAGGGCUGGGAGGAUCGCUUGGCACUUGAGCGCGACCUGUCUCAAUGUGAGGACGAGUUGUUCUUCAUGAUGAAGGCGAUUACAACUUCUCAGAGGCGGGCCGAUCCCAGCUCUUCCAAGACGGAUGGUGUCCUGCGCUGGAGCAUCUCUGCUACUGAGGUUGUCUGGCAUUUGAUGAAGGAGGCAUCUGCUCCCCUUGUCGAGUUCCAACUCAGAAAUGCUCAGUACGAGCGCACUGACAAUACCGAUGGCUCCAACCACAACAUUGUGGCUGUCGAGCAGCUCAGUGGACUUAACCUUCUGCCGGAUGCGAUCUAUCCUCAGAUCAUUGCGCCGUAUCUGGACCAGCCACGGCCUCUGAACGAUUUCAUGCUGCGCGUUAAAUGGCACAUGAUGGAAGCAGUGGCGGGUAUUCCCGUGGUUGACAACUUCGAAGUAUCCUUGUUCCCUCUCAAGAUCCAGUUGGAACGCGAGCUUGGUCAAAGACUCUUCGAGUACAUCUUCCCCAACAUGGGCUCCGGUGCAUUUGAGAAUGGCGGCUUCUCACCGUUCAUGAUCAAAAAUAUGAAACCGCUUGAUGCUUCCGAUGAGGAAGACGAAGAGGAAGAGGAGGAAUCGAACAACCCAAGCAUGGCUCAGUCGAUGAGAACUGACGACGACAACAGGUCCAUGGAUGAUCUAUCCAAGGGCCCCGGCUCCAUCGAAUUGAGACUCCAGCCAACUUUGUCUCUCUCUGAGGAGGGCAGAUCCAGUCGUCGCUCCACCCAUCUCAAGGGCCUUGCAAUGACGCCCAUAGCGAGAAGCAACACUGCCCGCCUAGGUGUGCCAGACCCUAGCAAGGGACUGCCCCGUCCCGCAACCACGGGUAGCCUUGCUGGCAGCCUUGCAAAGAAACGAUCAGUGGACAGCAUGCGCAUGUUGGCGAGGGUAUCCACCGAGAGAUCCGUGUCAAGCCACAGCACGAGCACCGAAGAAAAGAAGAAGUUCGGCCUCGGCAAGGGGUCUCGCGGUAAAAACAAGGAACCCACCGAUGAUCUUUCGCAAAUGAUGUCCCGAGCCUCGAAUUACAUGACUCUGGCUCGGGUCAAGGUUCACGACGUGGUCCUCUGCAUGAGCUACAAGGGCAAAGGAGAGCAUAACAUUGAAGAUCUCCACGACUUUGUCUUCCGGCUGCCAGUUCUGGAAUACAGCAACAAGACCUGGUCCAAUUUGGAUCUAGCUCUGCGCUUGAAGAAGGAUGUCAUCAAGGCUCUUAUUUCGCAUGCCCCUGCCAUUCUCGGAAACAAGUUCUCGCACCACCGGCCCUCCAAGCAGCAGCAAAAACGCUUCCGCGAGCUUGCGUCCUCGUCGCAGCUCUUAACCAGUUCGAAUAACAGCCUUUCGGCCUUUGAUCGAAGCCACGCCCCGAGUCUGACGAGCUUUGACUCGAAUAGUGAAUACUAUUCCGAGUCGCCGUCGCGGAAGUCCAUGCAGUCGAAUGCUUCCCCGUUGGCUCGUUCUCUGUCUCUGAAUUCGGAUGCUCGUGAGAACCACGAUACUACCAUUAGUGACUCCAAGUCUGCCAAUGAAGUCGAUGUGGAUUCUCGAUGGGAGGAGUCACGCCGCUUCGUCAAUGCACCCAUUAGACCCAUGACCUCUGGUCACACCGUUACUACUGUCAUCGCCAGUAGCAAUGGCCAUGGAACGGAACAAGACGAUAGUCACAAGAGAACCAUCCGCAAUUUCGGCCGCAAACUGAUGAGCCGGAAGUGA